CUUUCACGAUAUUAUCUAUGAUCCUAAGAAGAAUGACAACGAAGAGAGAAGUGCUGACAUGUUUGUGCAAUAUGCCAGGGAAUGCUGUGUCAAUCUGAAAGAAGAGGAAAUAAACAAGGUUAAGGACUGGAUUCUUUUGACAAAAACACAUCAGGUCAUAGAUGUAGGAUCAGAAGACUAUCAUUAUUUUCUAGAUAUUGAUAUGGCCGUACUGGGAAGACAAGAAAAAGGUUACAAAGAAUAUGCAGAUCAGAUAAGAGAGGAAUAUAAACAUAUACCUGACAAGGAAUAUAAAACAAGAAGAUCUAAGGUUUUAUCCAAUUUCUGCAAAAGAGACAGAUUAUAUUCAACAAAGGAAUUCUUUGAUAAUUAUGACAAUCAAGCCAAAGAGAACAUGGCUAAAGAAAUAGCAAUCUUAACAGAAUAAAACAACUUUUUGAUGUGCUUAUAAAGUUGCCUACCUGAACAUUUCCUUAUCUCAGUGGAAUAAAAUGUAUCAUAUAUAUAUAUAUAUAAAUAAUAAAGGUUGUCUAAUGAUCAAUGCCAUAGUAUGACAUCAUGAUGAAGAACAACAAUUAUGUUACUGUUUAUAUCUCAGACCAUACAUUUCUAAUGCCUUUCUAAUAUAUACAUUUACAUCUCAAUGGCAUUCAUACUACUCCUACUAAUUUAUAUAUUUACCAAACGUUCUCUCUGCUGUAAUGUUAUCACAUCAGUUACAAGAUCUUUACAGUAUAAAAUGUUUUAAUUUGAUAAUUAGAAUCUAUGAGUACAGUUUUAUGAUUUAACUAUGCAAUGUAAUAUGAUGUAUAAGUCAGUAACCUUAUCAACAGACUGUACAACUGAUUAGUAUCAUUAAAAAAAAACUUGACUGAUAUGUUCAUGCACUGCUGUACAUGUAUACCUGAAAGGAGUGUCAAGAAGUCAGUAUGUAUAUCAUUUUAUUUUCUCCAAAUCAAAUAUUUUUCAUUUGA